GCCAGUGGCACUUUCACUACGUGCCACACGAUCGCGUAUUUCACACGGGGCGCGCGGGAGUUGACGUCCACUUGCGUGUGCUGCUGCUGCUCGGCGCAGUUGACGGUGUCUGGCGACAAGAGGAGAACAACACUGAGCUUUUCUUUCCUCCUUCUGUCUCUUUUCUUCGAGGCGCUUCGCUCCUGGACGCUACAAUGACGCUGAAAAGAUUUGCGCACUCAUAAGGACGCGCGCAGCUUCUUGAACAUUUCAGAGGAAAUCAACCCACCGAAGGGAUGAAGAACUAAAGUCUGAAAGUUUGGCCCCCCCAGCAUGUCUAAACCGAUGGAUCACGUUAAACGUCCGAUGAACGCUUUCAUGGUUUGGUCCAGAGCCCAGCGCAGGAAAAUGGCUCAGGAGAACCCGAAGAUGCACAACUCGGAGAUCAGCAAGAGGCUGGGGGCCGAGUGGAAACUUCUCACCGAGUCCGAGAAGAGGCCGUUCAUCGACGAGGCCAAGCGGCUGAGAGCCAUGCACAUGAAGGAGCACCCCGACUACAAAUACCGACCCCGGCGGAAGCCCAAGACCCUCAUGAAGAAAGAUAAGUUUUCCUUCCCGGUGCCCUACAACCUGGGGGAGCACGACGCGCUGAAGAUUAACGGACUCGCGGGGGGAGCGCUGUCCGACUCCAUCAUUGGGAACCCGGACAAAGCGGCGGCCGCGGCGGCCGCUGCGGCCCGGGUCUUCUUCAACCCGUCCAUGUCCACGAACCCCUAUUCGUUUUUUGACCUGGGCUCCAAGAUGACCGAGCUCUCCCCUCCUUCGUUUCCCUACGCGUCUCCUUUGGGGUACCCGCCCGGGGGCGCAUUCUCCGGGACGGGCGGCGGGGCGCACACCCACUCCCACCCGUCCCCGGGCAACCCGGGCUACAUGAUCCCGUGUAACUGUUCGGCCUGGCCCUCCGCGGGGCUCCAGCCGCCUCUGGCUUACAUCCUGCUCCCCGGGAUGGGGAAACCUCAGCUAGAACCGUACCCCGCGUACGCAGCGGCGUUAUGAUAACCCCCCCACCCCACCACCACCCCUGGACUCCCACACGCAGUGAGAAGCAAAAGAAAGCGAGUUACCCAUGCAACAGUUUUAUAAUCAUGCAUGCACAAACUUGUAACAUGUGAUGAAGUGCUCGUGGUCUCAGAUGUCACAUGUGCGUGUACAUUGAUUAAUGCCUUUAUCUUUAAGGUGAUGCUGAACCUGCAGGACUGGACUUGGCCCACACGGAUUUUUAAGGAUGUCAGAGCAGUUUGUCCUGGUGAAACUGGGAAGGGUGGUCAGUUUUUAUCUUGCCCAACCUGCUUGUCAAACCUGUUGGAUUCAGUGCCCCCCCCCC